UACAGAUUAAAUGCAACCGGAAGUUCAAAUUUUACCGCGACCGGCGGCUAAUGCCUACGAAAUUUUCUUGGAAACCUGCCACAAGUGUUUAAAAACUUCAUAAUUUCACAGAAAAAUGCCUCGUCGAACGCGGUCACACGUUGAGUCGGUGUCGGAGGAGAGUGACAUGUCAGCAGGGACCCAGGACGACAGUGAUGAUGACCUCAUGCCAGUCCGCGUCACGCGGCGAUCUACAGAGCCUGGUGUUGCAGUUGUCCAGCGGCCAGCCUUCAAGAGGAAACGAGAGCCGCGGGUGUCUGGGUCCGAGUCAGAACCUGACCAGUCCGGAAAAGGCCCCCCAGAGAAGAGGAGUCGAGGAAAGCAUCCGCGAGUUCUCACAGACCACAGUCACACAAACAAUAAGAAAGACUGCGAUAUACCAUCUGACUUCCCUCUGUGGGCAGUGACUGAGAAACGAGCAACACCUCAAACAAACUAUGACGAGACGUCGUCACGGUGUCCCUUGCCUGGCUGUGAUUCCAAAGGUCAUCUGAGUGGUCGUAAUGCAACCCACCGGACACUGACCGCUUGCCCCUUGUAUCACAAUACUACAGCUGAGGAAUGCAAGCGGCGAUAUGAUGACCGACAAAAGAGUUCCGAAGAAAGGAAGAAAAUAGUUGCUGUAUUAAACGACAGACGAGAUUUGAGGAGACAGGUACAAACAGAAGAACAAAAGGCCAAGAGUGAUCGAAUACGAAGUUUAAGAAAGAAGCAUGCAGAUUUGUUAGAUGAGGAGAAAGACAAACAUCGGAAGCAUCGAGAGAAGUACAACACAACUCGGCAACCUCUUCUCAAUGGACUGGCUUCAGAGUAUGAUCUUAAGUUAUUCAAAGAGGCACAAGCUAAAGCCUGUGAAAAAAUGGAGCAUGAAUUAACGCAGCACUAUCAGAGGAGCGAGCAGCAAGAGUACAGAAUAAAAAAGUUAGAGAUUGGACGGUGGGAACUGACCACGUGGUAUUCGUCACCGUAUCCAGAUGAAUAUGCCCGCUUACCGAAAAUCUACCUUUGUGAAUUCUGUCUGAAAUAUAUGAGAACAGCCACCAUUCUACGAAGGCAUCUGGCCAAAUGUGUCUGGCGUCAUCCGCCUGGAGAUGAGAUCUACAGAAAGGGUUCUAUAUCAGUGUUUGAAGUAGACGGCAAGAAGAACAAGGUGUACUGCCAGAAUCUGUGCUUGCUGGCCAAGUUGUUUCUAGAUCACAAGACACUCUACUUCGAUGUCGAGCCCUUCCUCUUCUAUGUGAUGACCGAAAAUGACCAGGGAGGCUGUCACAUAGUCGGCUACUUCUCGAAGGAGAAGAACUCAUUCUUGAAUUACAAUGUGUCCUGCAUUUUGACAUUACCUCAGUACAUGCGCCAGGGUUACGGCAAGAUGUUGAUAGACUUCAGCUACCUACUCAGCAAGGUGGAACAGAAGAUCGGGUCACCGGGGCGCCCCCUGUCGGACCUGGGUCUCAUCACGUACCGCAGCUACUGGAAGGAGGUCCUCCUGGGUUACCUGCACAAAUACAGUGGGAGCGAGAUCUGCAUUAAAGAUGUGAGCCAGGAAACAGCAAUCAAUGCUAAUGACAUUGUCAGCACGUUACAAGCAUUGGGAAUGCUCAAAUACUGGAAGGGAAAACACUUGGUACUCAAACGUCAGGAUCUGAUUGAUGAUUAUUUGGAAAAGAAAGCGAAACGUCCACCUGACCACAAGGCCAUUGAUUCAGGAUGUCUUAAAUGGACACCCCCAUCAAAACGCACAAAUACAGCUUUAUGAUCAUCCCCCAUGUCGAGUUUCAUGGAUACCUCCGGUUCUAGUGGGCACCAGGAGUGUAAGGGUCCACAUGUACCAUCAACUCUCUGUGUCCUCAAAACUUGGUGUGAAGUAGAGAUUUUUGAGUCUGUAACAUUUGGAGGGAGGGAUGGAAAUAAAUGUGAACACUCCGUGUCAUGUUAGAAACUCAAGGGAUCAGACCCAAAUGUGUGGAAAACCGGCAUCUGUAGAGGCUGACUGUACACUGUCCAGGGCAAGUGUUCUGGUGUCAGAAUGGUGAACAAAACAUUGAGGAAGUACUUGCCUGAUAUUCAUCUCCCAGGAACAUGUCGUGGAUCUUGAAACUGUUAUGUAUUGAUGUCACUGAGGACUACCUUCUACCCCUUCACUGUGUGAGAGAUACUAGUUAAACAGCAGAAUCCUGUACCCCUGGUGUCAUGUGAUGUUCGCAAGAACUUACCUUUCAUACUAUGAAUAGAAGGUAUUUGUAUCUUGCAUAAGAAACCAUGAUGAUUGUGAGGUAUUUCUGGUUUGUAAGAGCAAUCUCAUGCCAC